AUUAGUUACUGCCUGUAAGCAGUCGUAAACUAGUUGGUCGAUUUGUUUCGUACGUAUAUGUAUAACACGACGGCAUAAACACAAGGUGCGUAACAGCUACAGUUGCUAAGAAAAUACAUAAACUUUUUGAACUAACGCGCUUUUAUCAGAAUACACUUUUUAUGUGAAUUCCUGUCUGCAGAGAUGUUUUUUUUGGGAGGUUUACUUGGAUCCCCUGGCAGAAUCAGGCGUGCUGUGUGUGACGAUUAGAAACUGCACAACAGCACAAAUUCAUCCUCUGGCUGCGAUGAUGUUUCUACCCAAAACGAACAAAAUAAUGUUUGCGAGAGCUGCAGGAAGCAGAGUCCUUGUUCCGUGGCACAUCUUUUUAAGAGGACUAGUCAAAGCACAGUAUAUAUUACUUUUGGUGUUUGUUCCAAAAAUACAUGCUUGUGACAAUGCAGAAUAUUAUAUAGAAGGACAGUGCUGCCCAAUGUGCCAAGCAGGAAUGCGAGUUUAUCGGCAUUGUACCCAGGACUUGAGCACAUCAUGCAUCCCCUGUAUGAAGUCGACCUAUACUGAGAAACCAAAUGGUCUAGACAGAUGUUAUGGGUGUAAACUAUGUGACUUGGAACUGGGGUUGACAGUAGUCCAGGAAUGCACAGUUUUCUCCGAUACUAUCUGCACAUGUAUUGAAGGGUUUCACUGUUUGGAUCCAUCAUCCUCUGGAUGCAAAACCUGCCAGAAACACAGAAGCUGUUCACCAGGACAAUAUAUCAGAAAGAAAGGGUCCAGUGUUGUAGACACACAAUGUGAGGAAUGUCCUGAUAAUACAUAUUCAGAUGGCUCGUUGGAAACGUGUAAACCACAUACUGAUUGUCAAUCUGAGGGACUAGCAAAGCCUGGAACCCCUGCCUCGGACGCGGAGUGCAAACAAUCAUCUGUUAACACUGCAGUCAUAGCUGGGACCAUUUUUGGAGUUGUUGCACCAAUAAGUGUAAUAGCAAUACUAUUGGUUUACAAAUGCCUGCAGAAUAAUAAAGGUGGUAGCAUGGAAAAAGAAAAGGGAAAGGAAGGAUACACACCUGUCCCAGGUGUGACUAUGACCAGUGGGACAGACACUGUAGCUGUAAGUGUUGAAAACUCUCCUGGACAUGGAACUUCAUCCCAGGAAUCAUCUUUCGAUAACACUGCUGGCAGCACCAUUGCAAAAGACCUACAAGUCAAUCCGAUGAGCAGCUCACAAACCUGGAGCUCACACAGAACAUCUACUGCUCAGAUAAACAGCAACAACAGCAAUGUGGAUACAGUGAUGCAUUUAAAGGCCACAGUUCCACAUAAAAAUGUGACUGACUUGACUCUAUAUGAACAAUCAAAAGACGUAAGAAGAGAUGCUGGAACGCACAGCCAGACAAGUUCAGGAGCAGUGAAGUGACCAAGAAUGCGUCUUCACUUGGAUAGCUUUCCCUGUUUUUCUUCUAAAGACUUCUUUCUAAUAGCAACUCGUCUAUGGGUCACCUCCUGCAGCAUUAACACAGUGGCCAGCCUGGACUCUACAGGAUGUGGCAUCAAUGGAUCAGUCAUAUCUUCACAUACAGUUAGCUGUUGAGCUGUGUGUGGAAGCUGUAUCUAGAUAUCAUGGCAACUGCAAUUGACUGGGAGCCAGACAGCAGCGUUACCAGUGAUUGAGCCAGGAAUUGGGUUGAAGAAAAAGAACAAAUUGGGAUAUUUUUUAACAAUGCUGGAUGGAAGAUUUGCUCUGGAUAAAUUGCGGAUUUUAUACUUUAUUAGAUUUUUUAAAGACGUGUAAUUUGUGAAUAUUGUUAAAUAGAUAUUAUAUACUGUGUAUUUAUAUACUGUAAAAUACAUCAGAGUAAUUGAAUGAAAUAAAAGUGACUUUGAUUUGUACAACCAUGUACAGAGAGAAAUAGUUUUGAAAACAGGAUAUAAAAGAACUCUUCAGUUUUGUUCUGUAAGGAUUUGUGUUAAUGGAUUCCACCUGUUUCAAAAGCUGUUCUGUCUAUAAUGAUCAUCCUGAACUGUUCAGCACUCAAUAGGGCUGAAAUACUAAAAACUCACAUUUUAAUGACAUGUUUUUUUACUGGAAGUCUUUAGUGUCUUCAGAGACCAAACGGUUUAGUUUCCUUUAUCGUUUCUACAAUGAUCACGGUACAUCUUUCCAUGUGGAAAUACACACCACCUAAUGUAUUCUGUUCUGAGAUGAAUGUUUCAUUUCUUCUUUCCUUUUUUUUUUUUAAAUAAGUUUAGAUUGCAUUUCACUCGUUUUUAGUUAAAGGUAGAUUUCAGAAGCUAUUUACUUUACAAGAAGUCUGUAUGAUUAAAGAGUAAAUGUGUUAUCUUCUUUAGUUUUAUGGAAGUGAAUGUGAUUCAGCAGACUGCUAGAUCUGCUUUGUGAAAGAAGCCCCAGGGGCUUGCUUAUAUAUUGCGAGACAAUAUGGUGGCAUGCUAGCUAGCAGAUAUUGCAGACUGUAUUCUGUUUUAAACAACACAUGGCGUGCUUUGAGAUACUGCGGUGUGAAAGAUGCUAUAUAAAUAAAUAAAAUAGAAAAUUGAAAUAUGCUAGCCUACCUGUCGUAUUGAAAUACGACACCAACUGCAGUUCGACUGGAAUAUAGAAGCAGGUGAUAGUGAUAGAAAUAGCAGUGAGCAGAAGAAUAGGUGAUAGCUGGUCGAAAGACCUAUCCUACGAUCUCGCAAUAGAGAAACGAACCCCUGGGGCUUCUUUCACAGAGCUGUUCUAGCAGUUUGCUAAAUCACAUUCACUUCCAUAAAAUUCAACAAAAUAACACACGUAUCCUUUAAUCAUAUAGACUUCUUGCUAAGUGUUUGGUUUUUUUAAACAGGUCAAAAUAAGAUUGCUUGCUUGAGUGCUAGCAGUGCUUUGUGGCUGGCCCCUGAUUUUGCUAACAUGGAAUCUGGUUUAAUAACCAGAUAAACUCACAGUUUAUGUCUGUCCACAAUUGGCUUUUGAAAGUGAUGUCCAGAGAGAAGAUAAGCUGGUGAAUGUGUAUAAUGAUCUGUGAUAGAGAGAGAAAGGAUCGAUGCUGUAAAUCUCCCUCCCGAUUAGAAAGGGCGCUGUGUAAGGGGGAAGG